UAUGGUUAUGCAUGGUGGAAGCAUGGAGGAGCUUCUUCCUGCUAGUGCUGGCAGUGUGAUAGAGGAUAGCCUGGAGAAGGAGCAGAAUGAUACCAGUGAAGAAGAGGGGAAAUAUCUUGCAGUAUCUAAAGAAGGGGCUGAGAAUGAGGUGUUGCAGUUUCAGUUAGCAGACGAUGAAAUAAGGGAGGAUAAAGAUAACCAAACUGAAGCGAGAAAAGGGAAUACUGCUAAUACCUUGCAGUGUGACCUGUUAGACAGUGCGCUCGGCCUGGAGGAAAAGCAUGGCGAUGAAGAUGCAUCAAAAUCACAGACAUCCAACUCUGAUAGAAUAGGAUUCUUCAUUCCUGUCAUGUCUUUUAUGGGACACAAUGGUGAGGAAGGAAUUAAUAGCACACCAACUAAGGGACAUAUAUCUGAGGUAGAUCCUUCGGAAGUAUCAGGAACAACAUCUCCAAAAUUGCCUUCAAAUUCGGAAGAAGUCCAUGUAGCAGAAGAAAAGCUUGAUAGCUCUACCGAGACACCUGCAUCUAAGGUUGGUGAUGCUGAAUCAUCAGAAGUAUCACAAUCUACAGGACAUCCUUCAACAGUAGAAGACAUCCAGGUCCAUCAAGUUAGCAAACAUCCUGGUCCUAGUGAUGAAGUAGAGCCAAAUCAGCUUAGAGGGUCUGUUGGAGACUUACCUGAGGGUAGUGCCUCGUCGGCGACUACCAAAAUACAUCAAUCAGGUGACACCGAGACAAGGGAAUCUAUUCAUACAAGAAUGGGAUUGGAAGAUACAUCUGAUAGGAAUAUUUUGCAGGCACAACUAGCAGAGUCUGCAUUAGAACCUGCUGAACCUGAAGAAUCUUUAGCAAUAGAAGAGGUUCUUGUAACUACAAGCAAUGAGGCGGAUAAAGAAUCAGCUGCUGUCAUUGAGGCUGUACCAGCCUUGUGUGAGACAACUGGUCCCAAGGAGGCUGCUGCUACUGAAAAAGCAGUGAAAGAGGUUGACAACAUUGUGAAAUCUUUGGAUGAAUUCACCUUCGAGGAGGGAGAAUCAAAGGAGAUGCAAAAGAAGCAGCCGCAAGAUUAUGUUUCUGUUGAUAUUGUUGAUAAUAGAUUACUGCCUCAUUUGCCACACGGGUUUUCACAAAACAGUGAGCAAUAUAAGGUGGAGCAGUCCCCACAGAUUAUAUGUGAACAAGGUUCUACGCAUCCGGGCCAGUAUGAUGAGGAUACAUCUUUAUCUUUAACAGAUAUUCACAUGGGUGUAUCCUUCCAGAACUUACUGAUUCAAAGGCACCACUUGGAUUUCUAUUCACCAAUCAACGUAAUUUUUGAAGCCUAUGCAGCAAAGUUCGAUUCAUCUAGCGGUUCUUUUGCACAAAGGAAUUCCAAAUUGCUGAAGGAAACUGUGAACAUGCAACCUGAGCAGGCUGACUAUUAUGUCGUUCGCAAUCACAUUGUAGUGCUCUGGUGUUCUAGUCCUUGCACUAAUGCUGAUGAGUAUCACGCCAUUGUUGUUGCUGCUGAUUUUGGAGACAUCGUUUUCAACCAGUUUUUGGACAAAGUUUGUCGGUUGAGACAGGUGGUUGUAGAUGUUGCACCACAUGGUGUUGAAGUGACGUUAGGCAUGGCACUUGCAGCAUUCCGGGCAGCACGUGGUGUUGCAGCUAAGCAUGAAGCGAAAUUGUUUCUGGACUGGCAUUUGGAAAAUCUCGUGUAUGCUAUUGCUGCCUCCCUUACUGAUCUCUCCAUGGCCUUAUGGGGAUCUGUAUGAUCCAUACGAAGUGAGCAGAGACCACUGCUAUGUUCCUGGUGGCAGUUCUCAUUUUGUUCGUGCAUUUACUAAUGGAAUCUUGAUAGUCUACGGGCAGAACGUACCAAGGAAACAAUAUGGAGGUGAUGAGUUGUGGGUGCACGGUGAUAAGAUGGCAUUCCAUGGUGAUAUGGUCCUACGGUCCCUCUUGGCAUGCUUCUUCUUUGGAUAACUAGACCUUGGGAUCCAGGCAUUUUGUCUGCAUUGCAUGUCAGUGUUGCUUGGGGACAAGCAACGCUUUGACGGGGCGGUAAUGUAACAUCCGGCCAAUGUUAGAGAUUGCACAUACAAGUACUAGUGAGUACGUAUUUGAAUUUGUAAUGGUGGUGGGCCGUACCGGGCCGUAGUGGGCUAUACCCAUGACAUUAGUAUAAGUAUGUUGUAAGACUUGAGGAAGGGGCAUCCAAGAAAUACCAGAAACCAAAACGAAUCAACCUUCCGGUUGUUAUCGUAUUCAUCGAUCACCUGAGAUUGCUCAUCUGCUCACGUCGGUGACGCCGCGCCGGCCAAGGGCCAUGAGCCCGUGAUAGAGGACGGUGGUGGCCACGGUCCUGGAGCGACUCGGUGACGGGAUCUGGAAGUUGGCACAGAGGAGCGAGGAAAGGCCGAGCCCGAGAAGCAUCGUCGAGGACACAACCGGCAUGUGGUGGUCUUUUUGGUCGGCGGCGUCGUGGGCAGCUGGUUGUUGCCGUCGAAGCUCGAAAGAAGCCUCGAUUCGUCGAAAGGUUGCAAAGUGGACAUCCCCUAUUUCUAUAGUUUCAUGUUUCAUGCAUAUGAUGGUCAGACUUGUGUCCAAUAUAUUUUGCAAACCUGAAAUGUCAACUGCAUUUUGGAGACAUCCGUCAAGAAUAGCACAGCAUCCUGUUAGGUGUCUUCAGAAACUGGAAUGCAGACACACUGCCCAUAGUUGUUGGAUACUUGGGGCUUGUGGUAGUAAUGGCAACUUUUAGAUGACUUAUUUUUUUCAUACGAUGUCUAAAUACUUGCAGACACACUGUCCAUUGUUUGAGGUUUUAGAGAUGUUAGCAAAACAGUUUUUUCCUCAAUGAGUUGGGCUCUGUUUCGGACUCCUACUGUUCUGUUACCUCAAGUCUGUUAUGUGCUAGUUGUUUAAGUGCCUUUACUGAAUGUCGAGUUUAACUGCCUGAAAUCCUGCAGUUUCUAAAGAAAUUAGAAAACUGACCCCAUGCAUACUUUAGAAACUGUUGCAAAAAGUACAUAAAAGUAUAAAAUACACUUGCGAAACUGUUGUCCAAGCACUGUUGCAAAAAGUACAUAAAAGUUGCCUUGCGAAUUGCGAUCCAUGAGGUGUCGUUCGUUUCUUUCUUCAUCCUUCUGCAUUCUACUGAUUCAUUCUUGCCACAGAGAUUCUUCACCUUUUUCAAUGUUCUUAUAUCAAACAAAACCUAUAUGUACCCAUCCCUCUUCCCCAGCGACACUCCAUCUCUCCCUGCAUCCACACUCCAUCCCUUGUCUCUCCCCACGUUUCUUCCCUCUGGCUCAUGGAGUCAUGGACACUUUAUCCUCAGACCUCAGCUGAGGCAGCUUCAGGCUUCAGCAGGUCUGCAGGUGUAUAUAUAUUCCUCUGCUCCGGGACUGGUGCACAGCAAAGCGUCUUCCAUUUCUCAGAAGAGUGUGUGACAACAGCGACAACCGACAGACAUGUCUUCGCCGACAUCGCCUUGGUUUGCGGAUCUCUUCGCAGAUGACAGGGUGAGGACCCUAUCGCACCAGGUCUCCACACUUGGGGACAGGGUGUGGGAACUGGAGCACAAAAUUACCCAGCUGAUGGGCGAGAAGGCCAAGCUGGAGAAGCAACUGGAGGAGGCAAAGGCGAUCUCAAGCCACAAGGAAGAGGUGGGGAGAAGCUUGAAGGCUGAAAAUGAUAAGCUUCAGUCGGAGGUUUUGGUUGCGGAGGAAAAGUGUAGCAAGUCUGCAGCGGAGGUUGAGAGGCUGACGAAGGAAUUAGGCGCGCUGGCGGAGGCAAAAGAGGCAGCUGCCAAGGAAUUCAACGACGAGAAAGAGAAAAUCACGCUGGAAUCGGAGGAUCUCAAGAUGAGGCUGGAGGAAAUGCUGGCCAUCAAGGAUUUGACAGAGAGCGAGAAUGACAAGCUUCGGUCCGAGGCUUUGAUCGCAGCUGAAAAGCAAAACAUGUCUGAAGCAGAGAUUGAGAGGCUCAAGAAGGAACUGAGUGGGUUGUUGGAGGCGAAGGAGGCGGCUGCCAAGGCUUUCGACGUACAAAAAGCAGAAAUCACCAAUGAAUUAGAGGAACUACAGAGGAAGCUGAAGGAAAUCGAAGCUAAUAAGGAUUUAGUGGAGGGAGAAAACAGUAAGCUUCAGUCUGAGAUUCUCACAGCACAGGAGAAAUAUAGACAGUCUGAAGCAGAGGUUAAGUGCAUUAAACAAGUAGUGUGUUCAGUGGUGGAGGCGAAGGAGGCAGCUGCAAGGGCAUCUGAAGCUGAGAAGGCAGAAAUCAUGGAGGAAAUGGACAACCUUAAGAGGACAAUCGAGGAGAUCAAGGCCAACAGGGAUUUGGUAGAGAGUCAGAACCAGGAGCUUCGGUCAAAGAUUUCGAGUGCAGAGCAAGAGCGUAGCCUAUUUGAAGGAGAGAUUAAGAGCGUCAGGAUGGAAUUGGGGGCAGUAGAGGAGGCCAAGCAGAUCCUUACGAGGGAGUUCGAUGCUGAGAAGGCAGAGAUCCUGAAGGAACUGGAUGACCUUGAGAAGAAGCUAGAGGAAUUGCAGACCAACAAGGGUUUGCUGGAGGCUGAAAACGACAAGCUUCAGCUGGAGGUUUUGACCGCACAGCACAAACAAAGCAUGUCCGAAGCAGAGGCUGAGAGCCUUAAGAUGGAACUGGGAGCAUUGGUGGAGGCAAAGGAGGCGGCUACAAAAGCAUUUGGUGCCGAGAAAGCAAAGACCACGAAGGAACUGGAGGAUCUUAAGAGGAAGGUGGAGGAAAUCCAAACCAAGAAGGAUCUGGUGGAGGGCGAAAAGGAUAAGCUCCGUUUGGAGAUUUUAAUAGCGGAGCAGAGGCAUGCCAUGGCUGAAUUAGAGGUUAAGCGCCUCAAGAUGGACUUGGCUGCAUCGGCAGAGGCGAGGGAGACAGUUGUGAGGUCAUGUGACGCUGAGAAGGCCAAGUUCAUGGCAGAAAUAGAGAACCUCAGGAGGAAGAUAGAGGAAAUCCACGCCAGCAAGGAAGCGGCCGAGAAAGCAGCGCGCAACAAAGAUGCAGAGGCUGACAGGCUGAAGGAUGAGCUGGCGAGGAUCCGGCUCUCUGUGUCACAGCUGCAAGCGUCCUGCGACGAACUUGAUGCCAAGCAGUCGCGCCUGAACGACGAGAAGAACUCUGUCCAGAAAGCACUAGUGUCCGAGAAGGUCGAAGGUAACAAGCUCAAGUUAAAAAUCGAGGAACUCGAGAAUCACAUUGCUGGCAAGGACGGUGAGAAAGGGAAACUGAAGGCGGCGUUGGAGGAAAAGAUGACUGAGAUCAAUGCUCUCAGCAAAGACAACGCGAUGCUACAUCGCACAAUUCUCGAGGCGCAAGAGAAGAAUAAAGGUAGCAUUUUAUCGUUCUUGUCACCGUGCGGCUCCAAGUAACUUGGUUGUAAUGUGUUGCAUUACUAAUGCAAUGGUGAAGGUACCAUGCAAUGAAAUAAAAAUUUCAGUUUGCUCUGUGA